CGCCCAAACUUUUCUCCGGGCGAGUCUCCCGGCUGCGGCCGCCCCCAGGCAUGGGCGCCGCGCCGCAGGGGGCCUGACCCCGCGCCAGGUCCUCCCGCCGCGCCAUGGCGGCCCGCGCGCCCCCAGCCGCACCUGCGGCCGAGGAGCCGGGGGGCCCGGGCAGCCCCCCGCGCAAGAAGAAGUCUCGCUCGGGCCUCCGCCGCGCCUUCAGCUGGCUGCGGGUCAGGCGCCGCAAGAAGAAGGCGGCGGGGGCCGAGGGCGCCGAAUCGGCCGCCCCCCGGGCUAAGAAGGCGGACGACAAGGCCAAGAGGGCCAAGGGCAAAGGCCGAGGCUCUGCCAAGGCUGAGAGUGACAAACGUCAAAGCGUAGGACCUGGCCAGGGGCCAGGGUCUGUAGUGGAUGAGCACCAGGACAAUGUCUUCUUCCCCAGUGGGCGGCCGCCUCACCUGGAGGAGCUGCACACGCAGGCCCAGGAGGGGCUCCGCUCCCUACAGCACCAAGAAAAACAGAAACAGAACAAGGGUGGCUGGGACCAUGGAGACACGCAGAGCAUCCAGCUCUCCCGUACGGGGCCAGAUGAAGACAGCAUCUCCUUCUGCAGCCAGGCCACAUCGUACACAGCUGAGAGCUCCACAGCAGAGGACGCUCUCUCCAUCCGCUCAGAGAUGAUCCAACGCAAAGGCUCCACCUUCCGGCCCCAUGACUCAUUUCCCAAAUCAUCUGGAAAGUCGGGGCGACGGCGGAGGGAGCGGCGGAGCACCGUGUUGGGACUGCCUCAGCACGUGCAGAAAGAGCUUGGCCUGCGGAACGAGCGUGAGGCACCAGGUACUCCUCAGCCUCCUGGUCCUCGGGAUGCUGUGCGCAUCCCCACAGUGGAUGGCCACCCAGCAAGCCUGGCCUCAGGAAUAGGGGCCCGAGUGUCCCUGCAGGCACUGGAGGCAGAGGCAGAGGCUGGCACUGAGACAGAGGCUAUGCUGCAGCGCCACAUUGAUCGUGUCUACCGGGAUGACACGCUCGUUGGCCGGUCUACAGGGGCCCGGCCCCCACUACUGACCCGGCCUAUGUCCUUAGCAGUGCCUGGAUUAACAGGAGGGGCAGGGCCACCAGAGCCUCUGAGCCCAGCUAUGUCCAUCUCGCCCCAGGCCACAUAUUUGUCGAAGCUGAUUCCACAUGCUGUGCUGCCACCCACAGUGGACGUGGUGGCCCUGGGCCGCUGCAGCCUGCGCACACUGAGCCGCUGUAGCCUGCACUCGGCUAGCCCUGCCUCCGUUCGCUCGCUGGGGCGCUUCUCCUCGGCUUCCAGCCCACGGCCCCGCAGCCGCCACCCUUCCUCCUCCAGUGACACCUGGAGCCACUCUCAGUCCUCUGAAACCAUUGUGUCUGACGGUUCCACCCUCUCCUCUAAGGGUGGCUCUGAGGACCAGCCAGAAGGCUCUGUAGCAAGCAAUAAUGUGGCACCCCCUCCCCAGGGGGGCAGUGGGAGGGGGUCCCCCAGUGGGGGUAGCACUGCGGAGGCCUCAGACACUGUCAGCAUCCGGAGUAGUGGGCAGUUAUCUGGCCGGAGUGUGUCCCUCCGGAAAAUGAAGCGGCCUCCACCUCCUCCCCGCCGGACCUACUCCCUCCAUCAGCGGGGCUCUGUGGUACCUGAUGGGCCCUUAGGGUUGCCUCCCAAGCCUGAGCGCAAGCAGCCACAGCUUCCUCGGCCACCCACCACUGGUGGGUCAGAAGGGGUUGGGGUAGCACCCUGUCCACCCACCUCCGCAGGCAGCUGGGUGCCUGGCUUGUCUCCAAGUGGCUCCCGACGCCCCCCACGCUCCCCAGAACGGACGCUUUCACCUUCCAGUGGAUACUCGAGUCAAAGUGGCACCCCCACCCUCCCACCCAAGGGUCUGGCUGGUGCCCCUGCUUCCCCAGGAAAAGCCCAGCCCCCUAAGCCAGAGCGUGUCACUUCCCUCCGAUCUCCUGGGGCCUCUGUCUCCUCUUCUUUGACAUCUCUGUGUUCCUCCUCCUCUGACCCAGCCCCCUCAGACCGCUCUGCGCCACAGAUGUCAACCAUCCUGGGUGACAGGUUUGUCAUACCUCCUCACCCCAAGGUGCCUGCUCCCUUCUCCCCGCCUCCCUCCAAGCCCAAAAGCUCUAACCAAGCUGCCCCUGCUCCAGCUGCUCCUGCCAUAGUUCCUGGGCCUGUUUCCACCUCUGAUGGCAGUCCCAAAUGCCCUCCCCCUCCUCAGACAUCCUUGACCCCCGCCCAAGAGUCUCCUAUUGUCUCCAAAGACCAUUCACCUCCACCAUCUCCACCCCCAUCUUAUCAUCCACCCCCACCACCUACGAAGAAGCCAGAGGUGGUGGUGGUGGAGGCACUAUCUGCCCCUGAGACUGCUGAGGAGCCCCUCCAAGAUCCCAACUGGCCCCCACCCCCACCCCCUGCACCUGAGGAGCAGGACCUGUCCAUGCCCGACUUCCCCCCACCUGAGGAGGCCUUCUUCUCUGUGGCUGGCCCUGAGCCUGCAGGCCCCCCAGGCCCCCCAGACCCUGUCAGCUCCCUUACUGCUUCACCCUCCUCAGCUACUGCCUCUGUCCAGAGCCAGCCUCAUAGCCCCCCAGACCCCCCUCCAGCUCCCCCGGCCCCACCUCCUGCUAGUUCUGUUUCAGGGCCUCUGGCCAAGCUCCCUCGAAAGGAACCAGUGGGCAGCAGCAAGAGCGGGGUGCACAGGGAGGAUGCUGCGGGGGCCCCCCUGGUCACACCCUCGCUCCUGCAGAUGGUGCGGCUGCGCUCUGUGGGCACUCCCACAGGGACACCCACCCUAGCAUCAGGGCUGUCAGCACCCCAGAAGCCACUGCGAAGGGCCCUGUCGGGGCGGGCCAGCCCAGCGCCUGCCCUCUCCUCAGGGCUCCACGCUGCCGUCCGACUCAAGGCCUCCAGCCUGGCUGCAAGUGAGGGCCUUGCAAGUGCCCAGCCCAAUGGACCACCAGAGGCAGAGCCACGGUCUCCUCAGUCCCCUGCCUCUACGGCUAGUUUCAUCUUCUCCAAGGGCACUAAGAAGCUGCAGUUUGAGCGGCCUGUGUCCCCUGAGACCCAGGCUGACCUCCAGCGUAACCUAGUGGCUGAACUUCGGAGCAUCUCAGAGCAACGACCACCCCAAACCCCAAAGAAGUCACCUAAGGCUCCUCCACCUGUGGCCCGCAAACCUUCCGUGGGAGUCCCCCCACCCACGUCCCCUAGUUUUCCUUGGGCUGAGCCCCUUACUUCUCCUCCCACCAAUGGGCUCCCUCAUGUGGAGGACAGGACUAAGGGGGAGCUGGCAGAGAAUGGAGGUGUUGUGCAGCUGGUGGGCCCAGAGGAGAAGAUGGGCCUCACAGGCUCAGACCCACAGAAAGAGCUGGUCUGACUACUGGCACUGCUGACCCAUCCCAGGAAUCCAAUCUCUCAGGGACCUGAGCAGCUCCAAGGACGAGAGGAUAUGGCAGACACGAUCUACACAAUCUAAUAGAGAGGGCGCCUGCAGCCUUAACCUCCUCAGCCUUUGAAGUUUAUGCAAGCCUGGUGUUGCUCCUGUCCUGUCAUCAUCUCCUCUCAUGUCUUUCCUGAAUGGAUUCAUCUCCUGCUGCUUCAGUCUCAGCCUCUCCUUGACAGAGGUAGCCAUGGGAGUGGGUGGCUGCGCCCCCUGCUGGUCUGAGGCCACAGUGGGACGAAGAACACCUUGCUUUUCUUUUUUUUUUUCAUGUCCAAAUCAUGCACAUACUGUAGUACAGAGUUAAAGCACUUUUGCAAAGUGGCUGCAUGUCCAUCCUCUAGGGUCCAUGAAGCCACAUUCCAAGGGCCUGUUUACAUGGCAGCAGUAUCAGUCCCCAGUAGCCAGCCCAUAGCUUAGGACAUAUCUGUCCCCUCCUUCCCUAUUCAAGUUUGCUCCUUUUCUUAGUUCUUGGAGGUGAGGAAGUUGUAUUCCCACAGGCUCCCCCAAGCUGGGGGCAGGAGUGGGGCUGUGGAAUUCCAAAGCACAAAAGGUGCAGUGGGGGCCAGCCCUCCUGUGCCUCAACUCACCAGCCACCCUCCUGCCUUCCCGUUCUGCCAGGUGCUCCAUGCAGGGGAUAAGUAGGAGAUUGCCAGGGCCCAAAGGGGUGGGGGGAGGAAGAACCAGAGCGGAGGUCUGCAGGUCUCUGUGUCCACAGGAAGCAGAACAGAGUAGGGAGUCAUCUUGGGGGGCACUGGGCAAUGCCAAGCCUCUGCCUGUUUCAUUUGAUCAGGCAGGAGCCCAUGGACUGAGAAAGCACUGAGGUGGCACAGGGUGGGGGACAACUGGCAGGGGAGAACGAGCCUGGGCAGUAGGCCUGGCCUUGGCCCCAUGGACUUCAUUCUCUGAUCUUUCUCUACUUUUUCCGGUGCAUGUCCUUUCUAUAGCUGCCUUUUGGCACAAGUGGUUCCACUGGGGGGAGCUGACACUGAGUGACAAGGAUGGGAAGCCAAAGGUGCAUUUUACUCAACUCUUCCCUAGUCUAUGAGGCCCACCCACUGUUCCUAGAGUAGGCUGGGUGGUUGUCUCCUAGUGUCAGCUUCUGUUACUGCUGUCUUCUCUAGGAAUUUUAAUCUUUCUGUUUGCAGCCUGGGUCACCUGUCUAGGUAAGCUGGCUUCCCACAGGCCCCCGUGGUUCCAGAGGUGGCUUAGUGCCUCCCUCCACUGCAGAGUGGCUGCCGCGCAGGGCCACCCUUUCUUUCUUGAUCCUCUUUUUGCAACAGUGACUUGGGCUUGAGCCUGGCAAGGAACCUUGGUUUUUAGCUUCUCUAUCGCCAAGGAGAGAGGUCAGCAUGUCUCCUGGAAGAGCUGAGAACAUAGGGGAUGUGGGGUGAGGGCCCAGGUUCCUCUGGCCUCCUCCAGGGCUCCUUCAGCUUGUCACUACUGUCUUUUCCCUGCAGCUACAAACCAAUGUCUUUCCCUCGCCCUGUGGGUAAUGGAGAGGGGUUGCCGGGUGUUCACUGCACCUGCCCAGCAAGCUGGGGGGAGAGAAUCAUCAGUGAGCACUGCUCUGCUCAGAGCUUCUGGGCCACUUGCCCCCGGCAGCUGGGCCCCAGGACCUGGCAGCUGCUGGAUGUGAGAGGGAACCUGACUUCUCUUUUCUCCCCUCUCCUCCAAUGUUAGCGAGCUCAUUAUCCUCAGGAUCUUCUGAGCUUGUUUCCCCACUGGGUGGGAUUGAAUACAAAGGAGAAGGGAAGAUCUAGAAGAGGCAACCCUUCUUCAUCCUCUGGGAUAAUGAGCUUGACCUAGAGCAAAUGGAGAGACCAAAAGCCUCUGAUUUUUAAUUUCCAUAAAAAUGUUAGAGAGACAUAUAUAUAUAUAUUUCUUUAAAUUUUUGAGUCUUUGAUAUGUCUAUACAAGCAACCGCAUUCCCUCUGCCCUGAAGCCUGAGUGAGACACAUGAAGAAGCUCUGUGUUUCAUUAAAGGUGUUAAAAUAAUUAAAUGAUUGAAACCUG